AUGGCACGGUCGGACGAAGCUCAAGCUUUUUUCCAUGCGGUUUACUCUGCCGCUCAGCAGAUUCCGUAUGGAAAGGUGACGACUUAUGCACAUAUUGCCUACCUCGUCGGCACGCCGCAGCGGCCGAGACAAGUUGGCGUUUGUAUGAAACAUCUCCCUAAUGAUGAGGACGCCAUGUUUAACAGCUCGAAUGUGCCAUGGCAGAGGGUGAUUAAUUCCAAAGGAGCUGUAUCGCCGAGAUCACAACCUUCAGGUGCCGCAAAUCAGGCUGUUGAGCUGCAGAAGGAAGGCGUUGAAGUAACUCGGACUGCAAUGGGAGAAUAUACAGUUGACCUGGAAGUGUAUGGCUGGUUUCCAGAGGAAUUGGCCGAGGAAGACUGA